AUGACGGACCACCGGAGAAAUGCCGUCUACGUCGCCUCUAGCAGCUAUUUUAUUUCUGUAAUAUUCCUCAUCCUCGUCAUCAUCGGCAACACGAGCGACAAGGCUGUCCUGAGAGACAUCUUCUUCUUCAAGCUCCAGGUGGCCAACGUAAUCCCUCUGGAUGCUCCAAAUGCUGGCCUCCUCAACUCCGUCGCCCGGAGUCUGGGGCUCCAUGACUUUUAUCAAGUCGGGCUCUGGAACUUUUGCGAGGGCUACAACGACGAGGGAAUCGUAUUCUGUUCUACGCCUGUCAGGUUCUACUGGUUCAAUCCUGUCCAGAUUCUCAUGGACGAGCUCCUUGCAGGCGCAAAGAUCGCCCUGCCCACACAGGUCCUUACCAUCCUAGACCUCCUCCGACUUGGCCAGCAGGUCAUGUUCACCUUUUUCCUCGUCGGCAUCAUCCUUUGCUUCAUCCUCAUGUUCAUAUCGCCCCUCGUCCUCCGAUCGAGGGGCUGGUGCAUCCCCAUCGUCGCCUUUUCCCUCCUUGCCUGCAUCCUCGUUGGCGGCGCUACGGUCCUUGCCACGGUCUUCAGCGUCGCAGCUAAAUACGCACUCACGCUGCAAUCGGAACUCAACAUCGGCGUUGACCUUAGUGCUACGAUGCUGGCAUCUAUGUGGAUCCCCGCCCUCCUUACAGUGACGGCCUUCUUCCUGCACUCUGCCGUCGGCUGCUGCUGUCAUACGCACAAAUCCGAAGACGGGAAAUGCAGCCCCGAAGCGGUGAACUCACCGCCGGUGUCGCAGAAGAAGCGUUUCAGCGUUCAGGACUUCAUCAACAAGAGGAGAAGUGCCCAUUCGUCCUCCGCGAGAUUCACUCCUACCUGA